AUGGAUCAGCUGGAUGAGCAAACGAACAGGGCCCUAAUCGAGUUUGCAGUAGGCAUAGUAAAGAAAGAAUCGGUUAUAAACGGGAAAAGCAUAGUGGCUGGAGAUGUUCUUAUUGGCCUCCCUUCUAGCGGUAGUCUUUUACUGAAAGAUGAGCUUCCAGGCGGAUCAUAUACUCUUGGUGAAGCUUUAAUGGCACACACUGUCAUUUACGUGAACCAGGUAUUUGGCUUUAUCAGCAAAGUAGGUAACUCGAGAAGCAGCUCGGAGUACUUGGAGAAGAUGAGAAUGGAGAUUAUGUUGUGUAUCGCAUUGGAGAGAUAA